GCUCCGUGGGCGGGGCCUGGAUCCCCGGUCUGUCCUGGAGGUGCUGCCGGGACACAGAGUCAGAGACUCGGACUGAGAGGAUGGCAGGUCCCGCUGGCAGCGCUCUGCGAGUCCUAAUACUCGGAUUACUCGGACUGACCGCGGCCGGAGAGACCGGGAAUAAGGAGUCCGUGCGGCCGGAAAAGCUCCUGGUUCUCACUGUAGCUACUGACCGUACAGAGGGAUACGACCGGUUCCUGCGAACAGCAAAGCACUUUAACUACACAAUACAUACUCUAGGUUUGGGGCAGGAGUGGAAGGGAGGUGACGUUGCUCGUACAGUGGGAGGAGGCCAGAAGGUGCGAUGGUUGAAGGAAGAGUUGGAGAAAUACCAUGAGCAAGAGGACCUUGUUGUCAUGUUUGUAGACAGUUAUGAUGUGAUUUUAGCUGGGAGUCCCAUUGAGCUUCUCUGGAAGUUCCAGCAAUUUGAUCACAAGGUGGUGUUCUCUGCGGAGGGUUUCUGCUGGCCAGACUGGUCCCUUGCUGAGAAGUAUCCAACCGUCGGCAAUGGAAAACGAUUUCUCAACUCUGGAGGGUUUAUCGGCUAUGCACCCCAGCUCUAUCGUAUCGUGCAGCUCUGGAAAUACAAAGAUGAUGACGACGAUCAGCUAUUUUACACCAAGGUUUACCUGGACUCAACUCUCAAGGAAAAAUUCAGUAUUACUCUGGAUCACAAGUCCAAAAUCUUCCAAAAUCUUAAUGGAGCCAUUGAUGAAGUUGUCCUAAAAUUUGAGAGCAAUAAAGUUCGUGCUCGGAAUGUAGCAUUUGACACAAUGCCAGUAGUGAUACAUGGAAACGGACCUACAAAGUUGCAGUUGAAUUAUUUAGCAAACUAUGUGCCAAAUGCCUGGACCAAUGAGGGUGGGUGUGAGAUUUGUGAUGAUAACCUGCUGGACCUGUCUGAUCUGGAGGACGAUGCUUUGCCUCGUAUUCUUCUUGGAAUUUUCAUUGAGCAGCCAACACCAUUCCUCCCUCAAUUUCUGGAGAGAUUGGCCACGUUGGACUACCCACGAAAUCGCCUCUUACUCUACAUUCAUAACAGUGAAGUUUAUCACGAAAAGCACAUCCAGGCUUUCUGGGACAAGCACAAGGAGGAGUUUUCCAGCAUCAAAAUCGUGGGACCCGAGGAAGCUUUGAGUCAGGGCGAGGCAAGAGAUAUGGGGAUGGACCUCUGCCGUCAGGAUGACACCUGUGGCUACUAUUUCAGUCUGGAUGCAGAUGUUGUAAUCACAAAUCCUGAGACUCUGUAUAUUCUGAUCCAGGAGAACAAGAAGGUUAUUGCCCCAAUGGUGUCCCGUGCCGGAAAACUAUGGUCCAACUUCUGGGGAGCACUCAGUCCGGAGGGAUACUACGCUCGAUCUGAGGACUAUGUAGAUAUAGUGCAAGGAAAAAGAGUGGGUGUGUGGAAUGUGCCAUAUAUUGCUCAUGUGUAUCUAAUAAGAGGAGAGACUCUGCGCCGUGAACUUUUGCACAAAAACAUCUUCACCUCCUCCCAGACAGACCCCGAUAUGGCAUUUUGUAAGAGUGUACGAGAUCAAGGUGUGUUCCUCCACAUCAGUAACCGAGAUGAAUUUGGACGUCUGAUCUCCACAUCCAGAUACAAUACAUCCCAUCUACACAAUGACCUGUGGCAGAUCUUCGAGAACCCAGUGGAUUGGAAGGAGAAAUAUAUUCAUGAGGAUUACUCCAAGGUAUUUGAGGAGGAUUACUACGAACAGCCCUGCCCUGAUGUUUACUGGUUCCCCAUUUUUAAUGAUGUAAUGUGCGAUGAAUUUGUGGAAGAGAUGGAGAAUUUUGGGCAGUGGUCGGGUGGCAGGAACGAGGAUCAACGUCUAGCGGGGGGCUAUGAGAAUGUUCCCACGGUGGAUAUUCACAUGACACAAAUUGGUUACCAGGAUGAAUGGCUGAAGUUCUUAUUGGAAUAUAUUGCUCCGGUUACUGAAAAACUCUUCCCGGGAUAUUACACCAAGGCCAAAGCCCUCCUAAACUUCAUAGUGCGUUACAGACCGGAUGAGCAGCCCUCUCUUCGUCCCCAUCACGACUCCUCCACAUUUACAAUCAACAUCGCCCUCAACAGCAAAGGGGUGGACUUCGAGGGAGGUGGCUGCCACUUCAUCCGAUACAAAUGCAGAGCGGAAGCUCCCCGCAAAGGCUGGACCUUUAUUCACCCGGGCCGCCUCACCCAUUACCACGAGGGUCUCCCUACCACUAGUGGAACCCGCUAUAUCAUGGUCUCGUUUGUAGAUCCUUGAUCCUGUGGAACUCUUCAUUAUCCCUCCUCCCCAAACUGGUCGGACACUGCAAGGUGGAGAAUGCACGCCUAUCCCAGCUCAUCCGUUAGAUUCUGGAGUCAGGAACAUUUCCACUGAGGGCCAACAUAACAUGUUAAUCGCAACAUGGCAUGGACACGCCUGGGGCAUUAAUUACUGUGGUACAUCAAUGUAAUAUGACAACUAGAAGUCACCCUAGGACUGGUUACUUACCUCCAUCUAUCCCGCGUUUACACACUGCUCAAAUUGAAGUGUUGAUUGAAUACUGCCUCUCUCCUUUCACAACACUAUCCUAAAAGCAGAUCUCUCUAUAGUCUUGUUAAUAGAGAAUGUAUUAGAAGGUAUUGGUCUUUCAGUGGUAAAAGAUUAGUCCCCGAUGCGAGCCUGUGCCAUAUUCUGGAAACAAUCUGAAUAGAAUGGACAACGCGUUUCGCUGUGGGGUUUUUAUUGCCUGCUCUUACUCUUCCUUAUUAAUGCAAUUUAAAUUGUAAAACCUUUUGUACCAAAAAUUUAUAAUCAUGCCAUUGCCUCAAUCACUUUGAACCCAAAUUGCCUUAAAUUUACCAAAAGCUUUCAAUUUUGCACAAAAUGAACUGUUAAGUAAUUUGCACAAGAGCAAGUGUUAGUAUAUUUUUGUAGCACAUACCAGAAUUCAGCAUAUUUGCUUCAUGGACUGGAUCAUGGUAAGAAACUAUUAUACGGCAUUAGCAGUAUGUGAGAGCUUAGUAUGUUGAAUAUCCGAGCAAGAAGCGCUCUUGGCUGACAGGAGGGUCAUUUCAAAUUCAUUUGGAGGAGAGGGGGAGAAAUUUGUGAUAUUUUUUUUUUGCCAGACUAAAUGAUUUCUUAAGCAGAUUUGCAGCCUUUUGUACAAAGUGCUUUAAAUUAUUUGCUGCGCUAUUUCACCUAUUUUAUUUUUUUUAGUAGAAUCCUGUAAACCUCUUCACAUUGUUUCAAUAAAGUAUUUCUCUAUUCUAA